AAUAUUCAUCUUAUUUGUAAUAUAAAGAAAGACUAAAUCUCCUUUGUUUCAAACGGUUGUUUAUGAGCUGUUCGAUAUAGCAUAAUAAUUCAAGGUUAGUCAUGGAGAGCAUAAAGUCAAAGAAUUCUGGUGAGUUAGGGUGUACUCCCAGCAAGGUCCAAACCCGAGAAGCUGUCGGUCUUGCGGAGUCGUCCUCCGAAGAGGGUGUUCUUGAACUUGGAAACAAGGAAGAGUUAGUUAAUGAGCCAGCUAUUGAUCCAAACGUCGAUGGUGGUUAUGCCUGGGUUAUCUGUUUUGCUUGUUUUCUUUUUAACUUUAGUACUUGGGGUAUGAACUCGGGUUUUGCUAUUUAUUUUGCUAAUUAUUUAAAUAAUGACACUUUCAAAGGUGCAGACAAGAUGGAUUACAGUUAUAUUGGAGGUAUAGCGUUUGGUGUCGGUCUAUUCUUUUCUCCAGUUAUAACCAUCAUUCAAGGUAAGAUUGGUGCCCGUGGUUGUCUUAUUAUUGGGAAUUGCCUAGAAUUUACCGCCCUUAUGUUGGCCAGUUUCUCCAAGCAUCUUUGGCAGUUGUACUUGACCCAAGGGUUAAUUCAAAGUUUUGGGUUAGCAUUCAUGUCCGUUCCUGCUACUAGUUUACUCCCUCAGUAUUUCAAAAAGAGAAGAGUGCUUGCUGGAAGUUUAGCCACUGCCGGAUCUGGUGUUGGUGGGAUUGUUUUCAACUUGGGUAUGCAGAAAGUUGUCGAGGCAAGAAGUGUGUUUUGGGCAUUACGAGUUCAAAGUAUCAUUGGAUUUGUAAUGGCGUGGGUUGCCAUUGCUCUCACCAGAGACAAGCAAAAGGUUAAGAUUCAAUUUACUAUGUUUGAUAUAGGUGUUUUGAAAAGCGCUGCCUUCUAUUUGUUAUCAUUCUUUGUUGUCACAUGUAUGUUUGGAUAUGUUAUUGUGUUGUAUACGCUAGCUCAAUUUGCCACCAGUUUGGGAUACACUGAACAACAAGGUUCGAUUGUAUCAGCUAUGGUUCAAGUUGGUUCUUGUUUUGGAAGACCAAUUGUUGGCUUUCUUUGUGACAAGCAUGGUCCAGUCACCGUCACUACUUUCUGUUAUUACAUUGUCGGUAUCUUUUGUUUGGCCAUGUGGAUUCCUGCUAGAAAUUUAGCAACCAUUAUUGUGUUUGCCAUUGUGCAAGGGUCCAUGAUGGGAGCCAUUUAUGGUAUGAUGGCACAACUUAUAGCCAGACUCUUUGGAUUAAAGAAGAUGAAUGUUGUUUUAUCCAAUGUUUGGUGUCUUUUAGGGGUUGCUGGUGUAUUCUCCCCAGUUAUCGGGGUUAAGUUGAAGAGAGGUGGAGGUGGGUUUGUUGAUCCAACUCAAUAUGUCAAUUGUUCCAUUUUCACCGGUUGUUCGUUCAUUGCAUGUGCAACUACGUUGUUAAUUAUCAGAGGGUAUAUCAAGGCCAGGGAUCAAAUUUUGCAUGAAUCUGAAGACCAUAAGGAUUCUGAUUAUGGUGAUUAUACGGGGGUUUCUGUGCCAAUAAGAAAGGUUUUCACUCAUAUUUUCUCGAAUGAUUUACAGAAGGUAUAAAUAUGUAUACAAUCAAUGCAUUUAAUAGAUUU